UUGGUCCAGACGCGUUCCACUAGCCCCGCCUCUUGCUGUCACUUUAAAGAUGCAAAGGGCGAGUGAGAAAGAGUUCCGCUUUGGUUGGCGUCCGGACAGCAGGGUGACACAAACCGGGUAUACUGGAGUCUGACCAUCAUGGCUCUGCUUGUAGAGCACGAGUUUAAACCCUUACCUGCUGAUAAACAGGUAGACACAGUCAGCUUCCUGGAUUCUGUGUCUCAUUUGCCAUCUUUCUUUGAUUGCCUCGGCUCUGCAAUAUUUUCUCCAAUCAAAGCUGAUAUCACAGGAAAUAUAACGAAAAUCAAGACCGUGUAUGAAUCCAACCCUACUAAGUUCAAAACAUUGCAGCAGAUACUGGAAGGGGAAAAGGAAAUGUAUGGACCUGAAUGGCCAAAGGUUGGCGCAACACUUGGGUUGAUGUGGUUAAAAAGAGGUUUGAAGUUCAUACAAGUUCUACUUCAGAGCGUCGCUGAUGGAGAGAGAGAUGAACAGAACCCAAAUCUUAUGAAGGUCAAUGUGACAAAGGCAUAUGAAAUUGCACUAAAGAAGUAUCAUGGCUGGGUGGUGCAGAAGCUAUUCCAGGCUGCUCUCAUUGCUGCUCCUUACAAAUCAGACUUCCUGAAAGCUCUCUCCAAGGGACAGAAUGUGAAAGAAGAGCAGUGUAUAGAAAAAAUACGGCAAUUCCUGGUUAACUACACACCCACAAUUGAAGCCAUUUAUAUCAUGUAUAUUAAGAUGAACGCAGAGCUGGAAUAUAAAGCCUAGCUGCUGUCCCAAGGACUCCAAAGCAAUUUUUGCUUUUGGCUACUGCUCAGGACCUAACUUCUUUUUCAAUAAUUGUCUCCCAGGAGAGUUCACUGUAAGCUUGAAAGGAACAGAGCAAAAGUAAAUCGAUAAAUGGGAUUUAAAUAAGUAAACAACAAAGAUACCUAGUGCACCUUGUGCACUUUUCCCACAUGGUAGGUACUGGUGGUUCCUUUGACAUACCUCACAUAAAUCCCUAUCUAUUCAGCAUUAAUUCGGUAGACAAUCUCUUCCAUACUUAUUGAGGAGAUAGUAUGAAUGUGGAAUAAAUCGUAUUAUUUACCAAUAUAUUAUUACUUUAGGAAAACAAUAUGCCCAUAAUGCCUCCUUUUCCCUACUAGCACCAACAUAACUGUCUUUUGAAUGCUAGUAUUAAUGUCACUUAAUGAGUGAAUGAGAUCACUAGUGUACUUGGUGCUGCAGCUCUCAAAGCAUCCUUUAUUUCAGCAAUAACGAGAAUUAUUGGAUCAUUGGAAAAAUAUUCCUUCUCGAGUUAGUGAAAAUUGUUGUUAUGGACCUUGCUUUUUCUAAACCAGGAUAGUUAUUAAUGUAUUUUUUUUUUAAAUUUUUUUAAAUCUCUGAUUUGAAAAUCUGGGCAGUUGUUGCUUAUCUAACUUAUAUUUAUUAUAACAAGAAGAGAGAACGUGGAAUCCAAAACUGGACAGUCGAAUAUGGUUUGUAUAGAUUGUGGUUUUGUUUGUUCGUUCAGGUGAUCAGCACUAUGCAUGCGAGAUGUACACAUUUGGCAGCUCUUUAGCGAAGUACUCUUUUUUUUUUUGCAAUGCUUUGCAGCAGAUUUUAAACGUAUACUAGGUAAUGUGUUCCACCAGAGUGCCUUAUAUAAUUCUUAAACCAUUCACAUGCUGAUCGUACUCUUAAAACUUAAUUUAUUUCUCUUUUUGCAAUGUACUAACCUCGAAGAUCAUUUUAUAAUGGGUGAUAUAAUUUUGCCUGGUGUUAAAUUACAAAACAUUAGAGCAGGGCUAUUCAAAUAUUGCAAUGUUUUAAAAGGAAUUCACAUGAGGGAAAACACUGAUAUUUUGUGGCAUAUAUUAUAUACAUUUGCAUUGUCAUACAGGCCAUAGCCCUUUAGUUUUCAAAGAUAAGGAAUUUUAUCCCGUCCAACGUAUAAAUAAAAUUGGUUACACCGCCUUUGACUGCAUUAACCACUACUUACACACCACACAUGCAGUUUAUAAAAUAAAAUCUUACAAUCUGGAUUCAUAAUCCAAGUGGCUAUGGUCAUUCCAUUGUAUGAUAUAUUAAUAUAUGAUUCAAUUUAUCAAAAGUAAAUUUUUCAUGAUUGCUCCCCUUGUAUGAACUGGAGACUCACAUGAGACUUUGCUAGCAAAAGCGAGUGCCUGGCAACGCUUCAAUGGAGUUGUAGUUUGAUGCAGGAACAUUCGGACUUCAGACCUGCUCUUAUAAUGUUCUGAUUGCUUGACUGGCGUUUCUUCACGGUACAAGAUGUCUUCAUACAUGGUCAUUCAUAACACCAGUUCCAUCAAUGUUAAUGGACUGACUACUAGACAUUCCUAUUUCUGACCUAAUGACUUGAUUUUAAUGAAUUGUGUGUUUUAUGUAAUCAUUAUUGUAUUAAAUUACUAUAUUUUGACUCCA